AAAAAUGAUCAUUCUUAAUCCCACCGUUUAAGAGCAACUUAGUCAGGAUAGCAUCAGCAUUGAGUUUGAUGUACGGAUGUUAUAAUGAGAAAAUGGUUUUAUCUAUCCGAUGGUAAUGCGGGUACGGGCUGGUAUUUCUCGUCAACAGGUUCUAACUUUGUGGUGGUAAAAUACAGGCCUUGACUGCUCUAGUUGUAACAGUGUGCCCUACAAAGCAGACAAACCCAGCACUGUGUUGGUUAAAUCUGAUGUUUUAAUACUAUUCUGGUUGUGUUUGGAGGUGCGACUGUUGCGAAGCCGACAGAUUGAUUGAGUUAAAGGUCUAUUUAAUGCAUUUUUGCCAUUAUUUGUUGCGUUUUAAACGACGCUUCCGCUAACUGAGUUUUACGAUCGAGAGAGGGCAGGCUGACUCGGUAUGAGGGCUUUAGCUGUGCUAACAAACAGGAUUAGCUGGAUUGUUAGCUAGAUAUCCGAGCUAUGUAGCACACGAAUGCUAGUGCUGUCGCAGCUGCUAAUCGCCAUUCAAGGCUUUUUCCUGGCGGUGCCGCAGUGGUGUAAGACCAGCUUAGAUCCAUCUGGUCUUUCUAGGAAAUAGUAUGGUAGCUUGUUGAACCAUUUCUAUUUAUUUUAAUUCGUUUCUACGCGUUGCUAAUGUGCUUUUGUUUUUAAAUCUGUCCACUGACGAGAAUACCAGCUCGACAGAGCAAAAAAGAAGAAUAAAACCCCUGAUUCUUUUUAUUUGAUUCCCAACCGGCAAGAAAACGGAGGCCGUCGGGCUGGAGUGUGUUCUUAUGGCCGAGUCAGAGACAGAAUGCGACACGCCUGGGCUUGACACACUUGGGUCGGAGUGUAUCAUAGCCCAUAGCCAUGUCGACCUUCACUAUGGAGCAGAAACUGAGAUCAUGACAGAGGAAAAGCGUGGAUUGGAGCUGGAGAUCCAUGGCACAGACCUGAAGAUCCAAGGUCUGGGAACAGAUCUCGGUGCUGUGGCCUGUGUUGAUGCAAUAGUGGCCGAGACAGACCACGAUUACAUUAAGGUGGAACAUAGUGAAAUGCAUUGCUUCACAGCAGCAGAAAUUAAGACGGCGGGAGGUGAGACUCUGCUGGGAGAGGUGCUGCUUAAGACCGAAGGAGAGCAUAUGGUUAAGAUGGAGUCUGAUCAUGGCGGGGAGCUGACGGUGGAAUCUGAGAAUGGUGUGAUCAUACACGAAGCACACGGCCUACAGUGCAACGAGUGCGGUGAGAUUUUUGGCAGCAUCGCUGAUCUUCACCAGCACUUUGAGAUCCACAAGGACCUCAACCCUUACAUCUGUGUGCAUUGUGGGGAGAGCUUUGCAGUGGAAGCCAGUCUAAAGCAGCACAUGAAAAUUCAUAUGAAACAAAAGCCCUAUGUCCCACCAGGAGUAGAGAUCAUGGGCAAAGAUGUUAUCGACGCCUACAGCCUAAAGUCACACCAGAUGAUUCAUUUGUCGGACAAGCCCCACCGAUGCUCUGAGUGUGGUAAGAGCUUUGCAGCAGCCAUUACCCUGAGAGAACACAUGAAGAUGCAUUCUGAGGAUAAGCCAUACAAGUGCACACAGUGCAGAAAGAGCUUUGUCCGCAGGAGGCACCUGAAAAAACACCAGGAGGUGCAUGCUCGUGAGAAGCCAUAUACCUGUGGCCAGUGUGGCAAAGGCUUUGCUACAACAUCCAAUUUGAAGCAGCACCAGAAGACCCAUAAUGUAGUUGCGCUUGCAGAAAAACCCCACCAGUGUACACAGUGUGGAAAGUGUUUCGCUGCCGCCGCCACACUGAGGGAGCACCAGAGGAUCCACUCGAGUGAGAAGCCAUACAAAUGCAAUAUGUGUAGAAAGAGUUUUGUCCGCAAACGCCACCUGAAGAAGCACCAGCAGGUUCACGCUGGAGGCAAGCCCUACACCUGCAGGCACUGCAACAAGGGCUUCAACCACUCUUCGUCGCUGUCUCGCCAUAAUAAGAAGCACCUGCAGAAUACAGUGUUUUCCCCACCCCCACCUGGAAAAACCUUGACUUUUGGCACUCCUGCAAAGCAAAGGGUACACCAGCAGGGAGAGAAAGCUUACAUGUGCCACCACUGUGAUAAGGGGUUCAAUCAUUCCUCCUCCUUGUCACGGCACCAAAGAGUCCACUCGGAUGGCAAGAGUUACACAUGUGGUCACUGUGGCAAAAGAUUCAAUCACUCUUCCUCUCUCGCAAGGCACCAGAGAGUUCACUUGGAAAUCAAACAGCAGCUGCCACAGCAGUCACAGCUGCCACAAAUCCCUCAGCCACAACCACAGCAGUUCAGCACCAUCCCCACAGGUAAAGUUUACCCCAACAACGCCUUCCCCAAGCAACUCAUCCUCUCCGUGGAUAAACCAUACAGGUGCUCCCAGUGUGGAAAAGGCUUUAACCAUUCGUCCUCCUUGUCCAGACACCACAGAAUUCAUGUAGAUCAGUGAGCCACCAGCGCACCCACCAUGCAAGCUCCUCCUGUGAUCGCUCAUUUUUACUCUCAUCUACGUCACAAAGUCUUAACAUGACCUACCAACACAUCAGGUUCAUCAUGCUGCUCUGGUCAAGUGGAACAUACCAGAGUAAAUCCAAAUGCAGAUGCGUUCAGACGGAAGUGGGGAACUUCAGUUCAUUACCGAACUUAGAGCUUUGGGCUCAGUUUCAAGGAAGUACAAAAGUCUGAUGUGAAGGAGUCUAUUUGUGAUGAUUCAGCGACACUUCCAGAACUCUUUUAAAGAAUAGUGAUUUUGAAGAUCUGUAUGGUAAAAAAAAAUUGUAACUUGGUAAAUAUUCUUCAUCCUAUUGAGUUCAGCUUCUCUUUAGAUGUUCACGUUUGCUUUACACCCGCAAGGUGACAUUAAACGUAAGACAAGAACUGUGGCUUCAGUUUGAAUUUUCACCUUCAAAACCAUUGUAAAGCAAAUUUAAGAAGAAAAAAAUCCUAUGUAAAUACCUAAUGAUUUUUCUUUUUAUAUAUAUUAUAUAUAUGUAUAGGUGAGUAGUGUGCUGUUGCAAAAGAUGACAUUUUUGAUAGUAAAAUCCACUUUGUCUCCUUUUUUUUUCUAUGGCUUUAUUUUACGUGUUGGAGAUAAAAAGAAAAAUGUUUCAGAUGUUCUCCUGAAGGAGGGAUUCUGGCUUCAUCUGACUAGAGGCUUUCAUAUUUAUGAGGUUGGAUUUUGUACAUCUCUGAUGGUUCUGCACGUCUCUGUCAAACUGUACAGCGGACACUCGGUCUUUUACAACAUGCAACAUAGCCAUUAGGACAUGCUUAUUAGAAAAUAAAAUCCCACUGGAUAGCAUAGUACAACAUGACCUGUGUCUUAAUUAUUCACGGUGUGGUCUCUGCUACAAUCCAAUCUCAAAUGUACAGGAAAUGUUCUACUUUAAUGCUUUGGAUACUGAUUGCCUGUGUGUAGAUAACAUUUCUGCAAACUAUUCGGUCCGAAACAGAAGGUUGUGAAUACUGAAACUACGGAAGGAAAACUUCCAAGAUUUUCCUCAAGUCUAUGAACUACGCUCUAUUUACUAAUGUGUGUAAAAUAUCUUUUACAAACUGUAUUUUUUUAGACACGGCUUGGGUUAUAUGAAAGGGAACGAGGCAGUUUUAAUGAGAGUGAAACUUUUUGGUGAGCAAUAUUUUGUUUUAAUUUUUUUUUUAACGAUUGUGCAUCAGACUGUAGCAUAGUUCUCUUCCUUGUGUUAGCUAGGUGCCUUAUUGCAUGCUACUUAGAAAUGUAUGCAGAGUUAUUUGAGAAGAGUUAGGGUUUUCCAGGAGUCUUUAGUUAUAUAAACUUACCCAGCAUUUUAAUUUGAUGUCUGGUUUUGCUUUUUUUUUUUUUUUUUUUUUUUUUUUUUUUUUUUUUUUUUUUGCUUUCAUGUAUAUUACCAUGCGUUUACACUGUUACAACCAUAUUGUCUAUUUUCCCCCCUUUGAUUUUUGUCAAUGGCCUCAUUGUAGAGAAAAAAUGUGCAAAAUAUAGACUUUAAGGGCAAUGCUUGUAACACCUCUUCCCCGUUUUGAAUGGCACAUCUAUGGAAAAAUAAAGGUUGUUGACUCUG